CGCGGGCGGCGCCGGCGGCCGCAGGGACGGCGGGGUCCGCGUGGGGUUCCGGAGCGCGACGCGAGCUCCGAGUGGGCUCGGCGAAGGUCGCUCCUGCCCCAGCGUCCGCACAUCGCUCCUCCAGCCCGCUGCCAUGGGCCCCGAGCCGCAGGCGGGGCCGCCGCCGCCGCUGUCGCCGGUCGCGCGGCUGAGCUUCGCGGUGGGCCACUUCCUGAACGACCUGAGCGCCGCCAUGUGGUUCUCGUACCUGCUGCUCUACCUGCACGGCGUGCGCGCCUACAGCUCCCGCGGCGCAGGCGCGCUGCUGCUGCUCGGCCAGAUCGCCGACGGGCUCUGCACGCCGCUCGUGGGCUUCGAGGCCGCGCGCAUGCGCGCUUGCUGCGCGCGGUACGGCCCGCGCCGCGCCUGGCACCUGGCGGGCACCAUCUGCGUGCUGCUGUCCUUCCCGUUCAUCUUCAGCCCCUGCCUGGGCUGCGGGGAGGACACACCCGAGUGGGUCGCCCUGCUCUACUACGCACCCUUCAUCGUCAUCUUCCAGUUCGGCUGGGCUGCCACGCAGGUCGCCCACCUCAGCCUCAUCCCUGUACUGGCUACCAGUGACCACGAGAAAGUGGAGCUCACGGCCCUCAGGUAUGCCUUCACCGUAGUGGCCAACAUCGUUGUCUUCGGCGCUGCCUGGCUUCUCCUGCACCUGCAGGGCGCUUCCGGGGUGGGCCCUGCCCAGGACACCGACGUGGGUGACCAGCUGGGGGUCCAGGAUGUGCCCGUGUUCCGGAACCUGUCUCUGCUGGUGGUGGGCGUGGGCGCUGCCUUCUCCCUGCUCUUCCACCUGGGCACCCGGGAGGGGCGCCCACGGAGGGCAGAGGAGCCCAAUGAGUGCAGCCCUCUGGUGGCCCCCACAGCCCGGCCCCUGCUGCUCUGGAAGCACUGGCUGCAGGAACCAGCUUUCUACCAGGUGGGCGUGCUGUACAUGAGCACCAGGCUCAUUGUGAACCUGUCCCAGACCUUCGUGCCUAUGUACCUCACCUACUCCCUUCGCUUGCCCAAGAAGUUCAUCGCGACCAUCCCCCUGGUGAUGUAUCUCAGCGGCUUCGGCUCCUCCUUCCUCAUGAAGUCAAUUAACAAGUGCAUGGGGCGGAAUCUGACCUACUUCCUGGGCCUCCUGGUGGUCCUGGCCUUUGCUGCCUGGGUAGCGCUGGCCAAUACGCUGGGUGUGGCUGUGUACUCAGCCGCCGGGCUGCUGGGCACCGGCUCUGCCAUCAUCCUCGUCACCUCACUGGCCAUGACAGCUGACCUCAUUGGCCCCCAUACGGACAGUGGAGCAUUUGUGUACGGCGCCAUGAGCUUCUCAGAUAAGGUGGCCAACGGGCUGGCGGUCAUGGCUGUGCAGAGCCUGCACCCCUGUCCCUCGGAGCUGUGCUGCACGGCCUGCGUGAGCUUCUACCGCUGGGUGAUGGUGGCGGCGACCGGCGGCGUGGGCGUGGCCGCCGCGCUGGUGCUCUGCAGCCUCUUCAUCUGGCCCAUCCGCCUGCGGACGCGGGACUCCGGAGACCGGCCCUGACCGGCGCCCCGUGCAGCUGUGCCUCGGACUUGACACACCCGCACCCCGACCCCGGGGGCGCGGCGAGGGGCGGCGGGCAGCACCCCGCCGGGGCAAUGAAGGCCGGGCCGGGCGCCGAGGCGGUGGCGACAGCAGGAGCUUUAUCGGAACGCGGGCGCGCGCAUAGGGAGGGACCGUGGCGGCGGCGCCACGCAGCAGGGCUCCAGGCCCCAGGUCCGCGGGGCCCGCGAGGCGUAGCGCGGCCGCUGCGGCGCCGACAGGCACGGCACGUAGUCCCAUGUCCCACGCGGCUCCUCCCCGAACCGGUUCCGGUUCACCACUGCGGGACGGGGCAGGGGCGGGGCGAGACCCGGUCACCGCGCGGGCCCGGCCCCCGCCAGGUGACCCCACCCCCGCCAUCCCGGGACUUCCGGUGCUCUCGCUCCGCCCACGCGGGACUUCCGGCAAGCCCGCCCAGGCCCAGGUGAUCCGGCGUCCCGCACUUGGUGCCGGGCCCUUGUCCGGCUCACCGUAGUCCUUGCCGCGCAGGAGCCGGUCUCUCCACAGCGCGCUCCCCCAGCGGGUGCUCGGGCUCUUGUACUGGGCGGGGAGCACGGGGUCGUACCACGCGGUGUCGCGCACGUGCUGGGUGUAGGCUGCGGAGGCAGGGCCGGUCAGGGCGGGGCCUCCCCGGAUGGCGGGCGUGGCUAACCACCAUGGGCGGGGCCUCUCCCGAGGGCUGGUCUGGAGUUGGGGGGUCCAGUGCGCUUACCAGAGGGCAGGCCCCGCUGUCGGUGGUCGAAGCAGCCGUGCCAGCGGGCGUAGGCCUCGCGGUAGGGGCUGUCCAGGGCCCGGGGCAUGUUGUACCAGGCUUCGCGGGGGUCCGAGUUGGUCAGGCCGGUGUACAUCAGCUGGCCGGUUGCGUCGCGUCCCAUGGGCGAAUACUUCCAGCGCGUCCCAUGCUUGAUGGCCGGUGUCCAGCGAGGCCCCUCCAUGGACAGGUAGUCAUCGCUGAGGGUGGGGCCGAGGCUGAGUGGGGCUGGGGCUGGGGCUGCAGCCUCAGCUUGCACAAAUCAAGAAUUGGGAACCUCCCUGAACUUGUCCUCUUUAAACCCUUUAAGCUUGUCUUGCCAGAACACAAGGCACCUGACAGGGAGAGGGGACUGGGGUGUGACCUUACCAGGAUUCUAAGACCUUUGGGGGACUUGCUCCAGGAAGACCCCCUGCCUGGGAGUGCUCCAGGAAGCUGAGCCAGAGGCCUGGGGGGAAAGGGGAUUGGUAGAUCCAGGUUAAAUGGUAAGAGGAUGGGGCUGCAUCUGAGUGCCAGGCUGAAGGCAGAACUUGGCCUAAGCUGAGCUGAGGAAGGGCUUGCAGAGGUGGUAAGCAGCACAUGCAAAGGUCCUGGGGCAGUGGGGAUGGUUAAACAGAAUCGGCAGUGGACACAGGCCAAACACCUCAGGGUUAUUAAAAUCAGGGGCAUGGCCAGUGGCUCUGGUGAGCACCUGCCUAGCAUGGGCAAGGCCCUCCUACAGAAACACUUUCCUACCAGGCAUGGUGGUGAGUGGCUCUAUCCGGAUCUCUGGAAGGCUGAGGCAGGAUUGAGUGUUCCUGGCUCACCCCAGUUCCAUAACAAGUUUGUCUCCAAACAAGCCUGCACCUGGGUGUUUUCCAGUGUUUUCUGCUACCUCCCAGAGCAGGCAGGUGUGGGGCUGCCUUUUCUGCCUGGCUUCGGCUUGGUUUGAGCUUGGAGGAAGGUUCCCCAUCACCCAGGCUGGUUUGGAACUGACCCUCCCACCUCAGCAUCUAAGGGUCCCUUUCCUCCACACCCAGCAUCUGAUUUUUGAGCUGGUGCUAGACUUGAAAUCUGGGCCUUACACACUCAGCAUUUUGGCUAAUGCUUUACCACUUUUGAGUCACACCACCCUCCUGGAAUUUUGCUAUUCACUGGCUCUGAGUUGGGACUUUUCUGCCCAGGCUAGCUUUGAACCAGGUCUCAGGUCUCAGCCUCUGAGUAGCCUGGAUGCCAGCCUGGGCCCCCUGUGAAAGGAGGGGGAACUGAGAACAGGGCUGUCGGUGGCGCCCACCUCUCUGGAGCCCACCCAGCAAUGCACCACACUGGCCUGGAGCUCUGGUGGGGACCCACCUGGAGUGAGGGGGUGGGAAGUCAACUUCAAGGGUGCCCAAGGGGACGUAGGGCCGGGCAGCCUCCCGCCGCAGGGUCUGCAUGUCUGCCUCUGGGAUCCGGGGAGGCUCAGGGCAGGAAGGUGGCCAGGGCCAUUGUUGACAGGGACAAAGGCCACCCACUCCCGUGCCAUGGCAACGGAUGGGUACUCAGCUCUGGGCCCCGCCCUGGUCUCCCUCCCCUGCUGUGGCCACACUCCACUGGCUGGGGGGCAUUUGGGGCCCCUGAUGGUGGGCUCAGCCCUCUGGCAUCUCAGUGUCCCCUGCAUCUUCCACCUCUCCUCACCCCUGUCCCUCCCUUGACCUAACAUUCACAGCUGGGGACACCAGCAGACACCAUAGGAGGGGCACGCUGUGUGCUCCAACUCCACGAGGACCAUGGCACACCCAGGAACAGCAGGCGGCAUGAGAGGCCACACAAAAGACCACACCCGGUUGGAACCGUCCAGAACAAAAUCCGGACAGGAAGUGGAUACAAGGAGUGGGAUGGGAGGUGGUGGCCACUCCUGUGGAUGAGCUUCCUUUGGUGAUAAAGGGGGCUCUGGAAUUACUGAUGGUUAUAAAGCUGAACAUAC